CUCGGACCAUCUUAGAAGAAAGUCGGUGUCCAGCAUUACUAAUUCUUGGUGAGAGUGCUAACACGAACAUCGGUUAAAUGUGUCCGUCGCACGAGUUAGGAAUAGAACAUGAAACAGGAAGUGCUAUGUUAAAGGUCCAUAAACGUAUCGGUCACUACAUGCAGCUCUCGCAUGCUUCGGUUAAUUUGAUGGCAUAUCCAGCCUAUACGCUCACUCCGUCACAAGUGAGCCCACUCCUAUCCUAACCAAGUUAGAUCUGAGCCUUGACAUCCCUACUCCGACGAACUUUCAACCCCAAGACAAUUCGCCAAAGUUGUCCCUUAGUCUUGCUUGUAUUGCACAUGUGUACAGUAAAUGAUCUCAUCGAGAGAACAUAUCUAUCCGUUGUCUAUCAUCUUCAUCCUGCAUUAAAAAUGCUGAUCAGGGUUGCACUGUAGUUGAGCUCAUUGCCUCUUUUCCAACCCACGCACGUGUAGCAGGAGUACAGAUAAAGACCGGAAUAAUAAGUACAACCACGCGGUUGAUAAAACAGACUAGUACGUUCGUUGCAGUCGAAAAAGACACCACCCAGCCGAAUACAAGUAAGUAGACUGAGUACCAUCUUCACCACGACAACAAAGCAAAAAAGAAUGGACACUGCUACUGGUUCUCCGCGUACACCCUCCGCUAGCUCCAGAUUUGAUCCGAGAGCAUGGCCAACCCAAACGAUAUGGGAGGAAGACCGUGAGGAUGAAUGUCUAGGCCAUGAAGGUGAUGACAUCCAUCCAUCCGUACCAGAAAUAGACCAGAUGAGCCACAUGCUUCCACCUCCAGGCACACCAUCAUCAUUAAGGCUACCAGAAAUCCAUCUUCACAGGCAUCCUGAGACCGUUUCCAAUGGGAGAAAGGUGCUAGGCUGCCACUCAAGAUGGAUUUCUCUUAGCUCUAACCUGACCCGACGAAGAAAAUUAUACCUGGAGUUCAGACACACAAUCCUGUUCUGCGACGCAUAGUGUCGCUGUUGCUGCUACAACUGGGAAGAAGAAUACUUCCAUUUUGCCGCCGAUUCCGAUAUUGAAAGAUGCGUCCAACUUCGUCCGUAAGGAUAAGCAGCCACGACAUGUAGUGAACGCUUCUAGUACAACUGGUGCGACUAGUUCUAGUUCUAGCAGGGCCUCUCCAUAUUGGGCCGCACCUGGAGUGGAGAUUACAGAAGACGGACGUUUCGGUAGUCCACAAGAAAAUGGAAGUUCUUCUUCUGAAGAACGAGGGGCUGAGGAUCCAGAGCUCACCGGUCAAACCCCGCAUGUGCAUUUCACAUUUUACAAUGAUUUAAGGCAUGGAGCAUAAUUUUAGUUGCUGUCUCACGUACCUUGUACACAGAAAUAGCAUGUCGAUCGUGUUGUCCAGACUGCUAGUCUUCACGUAGUCGGGGAGCUCUUUGGAGUAGAGUACAUCUCCCUGAGUACUUUACUUUCCCACCUUUUUGGCUACUUACUAAAGAUGUAAACGAUUCAGUCAAAAAUCAUCAAGAACAUCAAUGAUAAUCUGGAUAGUACCACGCUGACUUCUAACCAAAACCGGUUACGGAACGAUGCAUGACAGUCCGCGAUACCAACCUGCAGAUAUGAAAGUAGUGAAGAUUGACCACGGCUUCUCACGCGUACACAGAGAAGAGAUGAGACAACCAUGCUGUACCAUGGUCGAUAUUACUGUGGGGUUUCUUUAUGGAAAGUCAUCAGGUGAACUACGCGAGUUUUUUUAGAUGACUUGUUGAUAGUUGCCCUCUUCUCUUUUAUAUCUUCCUCUGGUCUGUCUUUUUUCUAGUUAGGUCGGCUCCACCACAUAUAUUAUGAGUCGCACAAGAACCUCCUCCUUGCUUCUAGAUGAGUGGGGUAUAAUAAUGAUUAUUCUUUUUCUCACUGUAAUGCAGUACUAGGAUGCCGGUGCAAUGUGAACGGGGAUUAACAAGACCAGGGAUUCAUAAUUUCAUUGUAUUUCUUACUUAACGUCAAAGCCAUCUUCUUCAAAGCCACCUUCUUGAGGCCUCUCAGCAUUGUUCGUCACCAGUCCCUCUCUCUUUUCCUUCUAAUUACCAGACGUCUGUGCUAUUCUUUUACCCUGGGUCUGCGCCUACUGGAUCGGACCGAAGUGGUCCUAUGCAUGGUGGUGCUUAGUAAUUGCAGGUUUAUCGUCGAUCGUUUGCAUGGUGUUUCAUUGUAGGGGAUCUGAAGCAUAUUCCAGGUUUCUCGUACCAGGUUUGCUUCCGAAGAUGAUCUUCAUUGUCACGUGGCUGGCAGCGGUAUAACUAUCGAAGAUUUGGAUUUUUUUCAAAUGUGAUUUCAAUUUCUUAUUAAUUUGGUCAUGUUUUUAUGAUCUUCUUGGGUAGUGAUAUCGAAUUCUCUGUGCUGAUGUCGUGAUUUCUUUCUCUAAAUUAUAAAACUUGCUCCUCCGGCUCCGCGCCUCCUCCCCUCUCAAGCUCAAAGUCACGACAUGAUUCCCCGUCAAUCUAGCUUCUAUUCCAAGUCCCUGUUUUUCCCAUCCGCUUAACUCAACAACAACCACAUCUUCACUGAUAAAAACUACAGAUCUUUCUCUACUAUCUUGGAAAUACGUGCGUUACUGUUCCCCUGUUUGGGGAGAAACGAGAUGCGAUAGCCUUUGCCAGGAAGAGCCAGGGAAAGAGUUUCAACGAACAAGAGUUCUCCGAGAACUGGGAUAUUGCGAGGUUGAGAGUAAUACGGAAAUUCUGGAUCGGACUCGGAGGAAUUUAUGAAGAAGUGAUGCAAACUAGUAACAUGUAGUCAACAUAGAAAACUUCAACGUCUUGGGUUUUUCCCGCUUCGGGUUUGUUCUGAAGUUGUUCCGAAAGCGCGACGAUUGGAAAAUCUUCAGAACAAGAGAGUUAGUACUCAUUCAACUCGACCACUUAGAGUUUCCUGACUUCUCGCUGCCAAAUUCCAUUCGGCUCUAAUCCCCGCUAGCAUUGCACGCCAUCGGACUUACCAUCUAUUUCUACUGCGGGUACAAGCCGGUCACUGGCUACACCAGGAUGCGACAGCGAAAUCUGACGGUGCAGAACAUCUAGGAGGUUCACCUGUAACCUAGGAACUUCUAGUGAGGAUCAACACGGAUGAGGAUGUUCAUCUGAUGAAAACAAAUUUACAUUUGGAAGACAAAAAUAGUGGUGAUAUCUUCGCAUGAAUAUGCUGAUGUUGCUGUCAAAGAAAUUACUUACUACAUACUUCUAGAUAUGCGCAAUGAUCAUUUAUUGAUUAGUUGCUUGUCAAUUCUUAUUGGUAAUUUGAGAUGAACUAUUCACAUGCAUUACUAUUUCAAAGACAGCCACAUGCACAUCAUUCAACAAAAAACCACAUACACAUUAUUUGCUACAUAAAAUUCAACCACGUUUGUAUUCCUCGGUAUAUUUAUAACAAAAAGCAUUGACAACUGUACGCAGUAGCACACCACAUAAAAAUUUUCUUAGAUAGAUUCAACCCUGUAACUAAUUCAUAUUCAAACUCUUGUUCCGUCUAGUUCUACACCAAUAUUCCAUCCUGUAACUCUGUUCAAAUGUCUCUUUGUUCGUUUGGUACUAGUUUCAGAGCAAUGACAUUAGCAAUUACGUCAUCGUCGAUACAACAUUGUCAUCACAUACACAUUAUCCGUCGUUAUCCCACAUUUUGGUAGAUCAUCUUCAUACAUAGCUCCUUAAUAUACACUUAUCAAAGUCCUUAAAAUCUUCGUAUCAACUUCUUCACAUCAAAUUGUUUGAUAAUCUCUCUCAGGUACGUAGAAGAAUCUUCAUGACUGCCCUUGUCUAAGGCCCUUGUCUAAUACUCCCAUUGAAAAAAGAAGCUUGUACAUGUCAAUGAACCCCAUAACAAGGAUGUUACCUAGUAAAAUGCCCUCCUCCUGACCCGUGAAAAAAGACAAAGAGAUACUUCCGUAGAG